ACUGGUUAGAAAAUGAGAUAGGACUGUCGGAGGGAGGGUUUCUUGAAGUUUUUCCGAUUUGUGUUGAUUAAUUAAGAAGAUGGACGGACCUCCGACGAAUGAUUUCUGUUCUAUAUGCCAUAACAAUUUCACUACCCCAUGUCAAGCCAAUUGCUCCCACUGGUUCUGCGGUCGUUGCAUUCUUCAGGUUUGGGAUCAUGGCUCAUCCUUUCAGCCUUGUAAAUGCCCUUUGUGUCGUCGAGAAAUUACUCUGCUUAUUCCAAGUAGGGCUUCAUCAAAUGAGUGUAAUAGUUCAGAAGUUGCUGAGGUUUUUGGAAGGAUUGAGAGAUAUAAUAGACACUUUGGUCAACAAACUAACAGUCUUGUCCAGAGGAUGCAAGAUCUCCCUUUUCUUCUUAGAAGGUUAACAAGGGAUCUAAUGAAUCCCCAAAGAUCUCUUCCUUUUGUUCUGAGGAUGCGCGUUUACUUGGCAAUGCUGGUCAGUGUAAUCUAUAUUAUCAGUCCCGUUGACAUAAUUCCCGAAGGUAUCUUGGGAAUAAUUGGUCUAUUGGAUGAUGCCAUCAUAGCACUCAUAUGCUUCCUUCACGUCGCUGCCCUUUAUCGAUCUGCAUUAGUUUUUCGACAUGGAGGUUCGUGAUGCAACUACAUUUACAGAGCUCCGAAAGUAAACUGGACCAGGUAAAAAAACCAAGGAUUAAGAAUUGAAGAAUGUAAAACAUAGAAUUAUCGGGUUCUCUUAUACAUUUACUCCUUUUCAGUUAAAUUUUCUC